ACGGGAGUGAGUGAGGUUCUGUUUUGCUUUAAUGUUUUUCAUCCAGUUUGACUGUUUAAUUUUUUAAUUUGAAUAUCUUUCUUUUGUUGGUGCAUGACAGGAGGAUUUAAAUAAAAUGCAGAAACAUUCAAAUUCUUUGGAAUGCUUGUUGAGUUCAUGUCCACUGAUCUGCCCAUUUUUAUUUUUGUUUUUUAUUGAAGGUCUUCAUCUCCAGUGAACGCGGUCACCAGUUUCUCCAUGUGCUUGCUUUGUCUCAGUGGAGUUCAGUCUUUGACGUAAAACUCUUCUUCAAAGCUCUGUCUGCUCCUCGUCGCUGUUUUCUGUUGUGUACCGCUUAGUUUAGGUUCAGUAAGCUUGAAGAAACAAUGAAGCCGCAUGGAAACUAUUGACAUUUAUUGAUAGCAAUAAUCAGAAACAACCGUCUGGUCUCCUUCCAUUCACUCUACCUCUGCGACUGUUUCACUGCCGUCACAGCCUUUUAUAUUGGGACUAGCGCCCCUGCAGGUAACUCUGGUUACUGCAGUAUCUGAAUCUUCUAAAAUACCACACUCAUCAAACUGAAAUAACCUUUUUAAAAUGGUCAGUUAUGUUUUGGCCUGGAUUUAGCUCUAUAUUUCCCCCCUGAGUUCCAGCAAAGAUUGCAGAAUCUCAGAUUUGAAUAAGUCUUCAUUUCCACUUUUCUUCUGCUUCCCUCUGCUUUGAAUUGGGCAGCAAUCAGUGAAGAGAAAAUUUGAAGAUCUCACAUUACAUGCAGACAAAUUACAUCAUGACUGGUUUUUUAUUUGAAUAUCUUUCUUUUGUUGGUGCAUGACAGGAGGAUUUAAAUAAAAUGCAGAAACAUUCAAAUUCUUUGUGAUGCUUGUUGAGUUUGUGUCCACUGACCCACCUGUUUUUUCUCCUGGUUUCUUUUUCUAUGAUGGUCCAACCCACUGGAACGUCUCGUCCCACCCAGAGAGCUGGAUUCAUUCAUCAAACUGAAAAGUCAGAUUCCCUCUGAACACUUUGACAGACUGCAGAGAAUCCAGCAGCUGGUCAUCAGAAGAACAUUGUGAAUGAAUGGACCUGAACAUGGUGCAAACUACUCUGGUGGUCCUGCUGCUGCUCUCCGGGCUGGCCACGCUGUCUACGUCCAUCAACAGAAAAUACUAUUAUGUGGACGAGUGUUUGAGCUGGACUGAAGCUCAGCAUUACUGCAGACAGAGGUUCACAGACCUGGCCACCGUAGAAAAUGACGACGACCACCAAAAGCUUCUGACAUCUGCACCAACAUUUGCACAGGAUACUAAUAUGUGGAUCGGGCUUCAUGACCGUUUAGACUGGAAAUGGUCACUGCAGGACAAGAGUUUCUAUGGCGAUGGAGAGGCAGACUUCAGGAAGUGGCACCUAGGUGAACCCAACAAUUACAAUGGUACUGAAGGUUGUGUCCGGAUCAGGAAUGGUGAUUGGUACGAUGGUCCUUGUCAUCAACUUUUCUCCGUCAUAUGUGUUACUGCUAAUGGAACCUACGUCUUUGUUGUGGAGUCGAAGAACUGGACGGCAGCUCAGACAUACUGCAGGACACAUUACAGAGACCUGGUUAGCAUCAGAAACCUGCAGGAGAACAACAAGGUCCAAAGAAUUUUACCAGACUGGAACGCCGGCGGGGCGUGGACCGGACUUUAUAGAGAUCCGUGGCACUACUGGUCAGACAACAGCACAUCCAGGUUUACCAACUGGAAGGAUGGUCAUCCUCCUAGUGGUACUUCUAUGUUGUGUGCUGCUGUUUCCAGCAGCUCAGAAAAAUGGAUCAGUUCAGGCUGUGACAGCAAGCUGUCUUUCUUCUGUUACAACAUCAUCAAGUCCAGGCUCAUAUUCAAGAUGAGGAUUCACUCUGCGGUGGACAUGAACGACGAGGACGUUCAGCAUCAGUUUACCCAGCAGUUACACACUCUGUUGGCGUCACAAGGAGUGACGAGCGUCACAAUGAGAACACUGAGAGAGGACAAACCCCCGUCAAAGUCCAACAGUCCUCCAUCUGCCUGUCCUUAAGUGUGAUGACCUUCCACUGGGGGGCGCCGUUCCCACAACCUGUAGAUUGUAUAAACCCACCAGCAGAUGUUGUAUCAUAAUCACAAUAAUAUUACAGUAAUUACAUCACAAAGAUUAGCUUUAAAAAUCCAAUCAUUUAUCACUGUUAAAUAAUUAGAAUUAUUUAUCAUGAAAACACUUUUCUUUUCAAACAGGCUUUUUAAUUACACAAGAGUUUUUAUUGUUCUUUUUAUUGUUUUCCUCUUUUUAAAACCUAUGUUCUGUAUUUUAUGUAUGUUACUUGUUUGCUUUCUCAAGUAAAUUUUAUUUACUUACUUAUUACUUACCAACACAAGGUCCACAUGUCCCCAGUGUUCAUGAGAAACUGUAACGUUUUGAGUUCUAUUGACAGCCAAGAAAAUGGUACAAAUAUUGUUGACUUGGUGGAUUUAAUAAAUUGAAAGAAUGAUUCAAGUUCAUCUGAACACCACAAGAAGAAAAGUCAUAGAACCAUGGAAGAAUACAAGCAACUGGUGACUGGAUGAACAAGCAACAUGUAACGCUCAUUACACGGUUCUCUGACGUGUCUUUAUUUCUAUUAAAU